CAAGUGCCACCGGCACCAGUCGGAUAGUCGUGCCGGCAGCGCAGGAUUCAGUCGUCAGUUGCCGGUGGCUGUGUCCAGAGACAGUGUUGGCAGAGUGGGACAGUGCGCCAAAAGUCUUCUAAUUUGUCACCAUAAUGUUUGAAGAAGAUCGCUAAGUGAUGUCUGAAGGGUCGACGAUUGUGGCUAAUAGAUUUCAAACCUGAGAUAAAAGCAAAACGAGCGCACAAUCACGGAAGUUUGCUCAUUUGUGCAGUGAAGUGCAUUCGAAGAGCAACGCUUGGAAUGCAAAUUGAGGUCGGCAAACCGAGAGGAAUAUGGUGAAAAAGACGUCCUGCUGAACCUGACCCUGCCUGCUUCGUUAAUUUAAGUUGUGAUUGUGCAUUUGUUCUAUCGUGCCCGAAAUCAUCAUGCAGGUGUCUAUAGUUUCGGUACUUUGUAUCGCGCUAGCGGUAGGCUUGACAACCGGCAUUCCUUUACUUUACGACAGCACCAAAGUGUUAAAUAAGGUGGAGUUUUCCGAUCUCGGCAUCGACGGUGAUCGUAUCGAUCCGCUGAUCGAUGAAUCGGAGGAAGAGCACCAGUUGCGCAAUGCAACCGUUAGCGGCCACACGGACUUUACCGAGGAUGGGAAAAGCGAUGCAAGCGAGCAAACGGAUACAGUGCUUAAAGUGACAGUGAUUUCCACUAACGUUUUACCGGGCGAGGAUGCGACCGGUGUGCCACAGUUUGUGACGUCGGAAGCGACUAAAGCAGUGCUAACGGCUACGGCCGAAAUGACUUCGGUUACUACGCCAGGUACAGCGAGUGUUUCUACUACGGAACUAAUGCCAAAGAUGUCAACGAUAGAUAUCGAACCGAAAGAAGAGACUGUAACUGUCGCUGGUGGUCUAUCGAUAACGACGAGCGUGGGCAAUAGUGAUACAAGCCUAGAAGUUACGACAGUGUUAUCAACAGUGGGUGAACAAGCGACUAAAACCACUAUUUUUCCUACCACCAUACAACCAAAUGUGGGAAAAGAUCCCUUUAGUACAGAAGAUCUAAUAGAAACUACCGCACAAGAGAUGCUUUUGCCGACGGAGGUUACUGCUGAUGUUAAGGAAAUUGAAACAGAAACAACUUUGGUACAAACAACAGCAACGAUCACUGAAGCCGCUACUACCUCCGCUAAUGAUGCUACUGAUGUUGAGCUGACAACUACUACGGAGAUAGUGAAAGAAAGUGAAACAGAAACGAUUACUGAAGCCGUUAAUACUUCCACUGAAGAUCCUGAUAGUUCCGCGUUAACAACCGUUGCUACAGAGCCUACUACAACUGUGACAACUACUUCAGAAGCAGAUAGUGGAGAAUUGUUGGUAACAGACGUCGCUUCUUCUACACUUACGACUGAAGCCCCUGGUGCUUCAACGAUUCUGCCAAGUACUGUGAUGAUCGCCGUAACUGAUGCAACCGUAACGGAUACACAUCUGAUAGAGUCGACGAAGGUGUUGGUGACAGAAACUACAACAACUGUGGUAACUGCUUCAGACGCAGAUAGUGACGAGUUGUUGGUAACAGACUUCGUUUCUCCUACACUUACGACUGAAGCGCCCGGUGCUUCAACGAUUCUGCCAAGUACUGAGACGAUAACCGUAACUGAUCCAGCCAUAACGGAUACACAUCUGAUAGAGUCGACUACGGUGUUGCUGACAGAAGCUACAACAACAGUGACAAGUGCAACAGAAACAGAUAGCGGAGAAUUGUUGGUAACAGACGUCGUUUCUCCUACACCUACGACUGAAGCGGCCGUAACGGAUACAAAUCUAGUAGAGUCGACUACGAUGUUAGCAACAGCAACUACAACAACUGUGGUAACUGCUUCAGACGCAGAUAGUGGAGAAUUGUUGGUAACAGACGUCGUUUCUCCUACACUUUCUACUGAAGCUCCUGAUCCAGUCAUAAUGGAUACACAUCUGAUAGAGGCGACAACGGUGUUGGUGACAGAAGCUACAUCAACUGUGACAACUGCUUCAGAAACGGACAGUGAAAAAUUGCUAACAACAGACAUCACUACGGCUAUCCUGACGACUGAAGCUCCUGGUGCUUCAACGGAAGAAAUGAUCGGGUCAACCACUCUGGCAAGCACUGAGACUGAUCUGCUAGAGUCUACUACGGUGUUGGCCACAGAAACUACAAGCGCAAAUGCAAGUGAAGUCACGGAGAGUGUGGCGAUCGAAUCAAUCACGGCUUUUUACAGUUUAAGUGUAGAGAUUGAGGAUCGGGAAGCGUCGACGACCGUUUCUUCUACAACAGUAGAUUCAAUAGAAGGUAAAAGCAGUGAAGAAACUACAGAAAGUGAUACAGUGACAGAGUUUGGUACAACUGAAGCAGCUACAGUACUUCAAACUACUUCGCUACCGGCAGAAGCCUUACUAACUACAACAAGUGUUUUAGAACAGGAUCUCACUACGAUCACCGAAUAUUUGGUAUCUGGUGAAGUGUCCACCACAUCUAGUGAAACGACAACUACAGAAACAGCAGAAGAAAUCGUUUCGUCCACGAGUGUCUCUUUCUCCCACGAAACAACAGUAACAACACAGGGAAGUGAAACAACAGAAGUUAUAACUUCUUCUACGUUUGAGGUCGUUACGGAAGCGGUCACGAGCUUGCAAACAGAGCCAAUUACUACUACCGAAGGUGAGCAUACCUUGGUUAGUACUACAAGUGAAUCUACUGAGACGACAAGUAUUAGCACCGAUAGCAGUGAAUCGGGAGAGCAAGCCGAUUUAGAGCCAGUAACGACAACUACGGGUAAAAAUGAGCUGGAUGUAACAACAGAGGGAGAUAAUUUCACUACAACUGACGAGUCGGCAACUAGUAGCACCGUGCAUACGAUCAUUGCCGAAGUUGAUGGUGAAGCUUCAACGGAAUCCCGGACAGCAACCAGCAUUGAAACAUCAGAAGAAAAUGAAAUCGCACCGGCAAGCAUAGAAACAUCAUCAUCCAUUGAAUCUACAGAUGAUUCAACGGCAACAAGUACAGAGACGUCCUCUGAAACCGAAGCGACGAUCACUCCUGAUAUCUCUACAACUGGUGCCAUAUUAACCUCUACUAUGGAGACACAUUUGCCUUCGAACGAUAUUUAUCCAAGUGAAGAAGCUAUCCUUUCAUCACCUCAGUCCAUAACAAAGGAAUCCACCGAUCAGGAAGAGCUUUUGAAACCUUCAUCGAGUCCGACGAUUAGCAUACUAGCGUUGGUUACUGCUCCACCACUACCGACACUUUCCACAACGCACAGCUCCGUUGCCACGUUGCCAGUAACUGAAACCACGCCAAAAACUACUGAAAUCCCCGCAACCCUAUCACUUCCCUCCCGAUCGGUUAUCCUAGAAGAGACUGUAGUGCGUCAGAAACCGGCCAAUGCUACCUCUCCCGACGCUACGAAAGAUUUCACAUCUACAUCCUCGAUCGCACCACAACCUGAGCAGGAAGCAUCACUGUAUGGAAGCAUCGCCAAACCGGAUAUGGACAGUGGUUCGCACAAACCUUGGCCGCAUUGGUGUCCUUCCUUCGUAUCGUUAUCAUUUACCAGCUUCUUGCUGAUCUUUCUCCUUUGAUGUCGUGUAGCUGCUUCUUACUUUUAAGGAAUCGAAGAUCCGUCCUGAAAAAAUAGAAAGAAAAAGGGAAGUUGUCUUAAGAGUGUAAUGUUUUGUUAAGUAUUAAGUGAGUUGAUAGAAGAAGGAUGGCUCACCUGGAAAUUGUAAUCUAAUCGCCGAUAUUGUUCUUUAAUAAAUCAAUCGUUCUUUUCGCAA